AUGGCCUCCGCAAACAUCAGCGAAAGCAUCCCGUUCUACGACGUGUUCGGCUAUUACGAAUGGACGCUCACGUUGGCCGAUCCGCGCACCAAAGGCUGGCCGAUGGUCGACUCCCCGAUGCCCACGUUCGUGUGCGUCUGUAUAUACCUCUUUCUCGUGUGGAUCGGGCCAAAAAUGAUGCGAGACCGGAAACCGUUCGAUCUGACGUCGCUACUUGUGCCAUACAACCUGGCGAUGGCCCUGCUCAAUCUGUAUAUCUGCCUGCAGCUGUUCGUCGGGUCGACCAUGCGCCGGUACAGUUACAUCUGUGAGCCCUGCCGGCAGAGUUUCAAUCCGGCCGAACUGCGAAUCGUCGACGCCGUUUGGUGGUACUAUUUCUCCAAGGUGCUGGAGUUCUCCGAUACAUUCUUCUUCAUUCUGCGCAAAAAGGACAACCAGCUGACGUUCCUACACGUGUACCAUCACAGCACGAUGUUUUCCUUCUGGUGGAUCGGGGUCAAAUGGGUUCCCAGCGGAAGCACGUUCCUUCCGGCGAUGGUCAACUCCUUCAUCCAUGUGCUGAUGUACACAUACUACGGUCUGGCCGCGCUCGGGCCGCACAUGAACAAGUAUCUCUGGUGGAAGAAGUACCUCACGAUUCUGCAGUUGAUCCAGUUCACCGUCGCCAUGAUCCUCGGCAUCAACGGUAUCAUCACCGGGUGCGAGUUUCCACUCUGGAUGCACUACACCCUGAUCGGGUACAUGAUCUCGUUCAUCGUGCUGUUCGGCAACUUCUACGCCCAGGCGUACCUGCAGGGCCGACCGAUCCAGCAGUUCGAGAUCAACUGCAUCGACAUGGGUGCGAUCAAAAAGGACAACUGA